AUGUCAGGACGUGGUAAAGGCGGUAAAGGACUUGGAAAAGGUGGAGCGAAGCGUCAUCGUAAAGUGCUGCGUGACAAUAUUCAAGGAAUAACAAAGCCAGCUAUUCGACGUUUGGCACGACGUGGUGGUGUGAAACGUAUUUCGGGAUUGAUUUAUGAAGAGACACGUGGCGUAUUGAAAGUGUUUUUGGAGAAUGUCAUACGUGACGCUGUAACAUAUUGUGAGCACGCGAAACGAAAGACAGUUACAGCAAUGGAUGUUGUCUAUGCGUUGAAACGCCAAGGACGUACAUUGUAUGCGUGUAAUUAUCUGUAUGCGCACAAAACCCAACGGCCCUCUUUAGGGCCACAAAUCUAUGAGUCAUGCUUACUCAGAACUGAUCUUUGCGUGUUAGAUUGUAUAUUUAAUGUUAAGUGA